AUGCAGCAAACGGGGAUGCUGGGUGAGGAUGGCAUCCACAUCGACAUGAACCACCUCAAGAGCGGUGAAGUGAACCUCGGAACAUCCAUCAUGGCGAUCAACUUCAAAGACGGCGUGAUACUGGGCGCAGACAGCCGAACCACCACCGGCGCAUACAUCGCAAACCGAGUCACAGACAAGCUCACACAAGUCCACGACACCAUCUGGUGCUGUCGGUCAGGCUCCGCAGCGGACACACAGGCAGUGGCGGACAUCGUGCAGUACCACCUCGGCAUGUACGGCGUGACGAAUGACGAGCCUCCCACCACCCAAACAGCAGCCGCGCUGUUCCAAGAGCUGUGCUACGACAACAAGGAUGCGCUGAGCGCGGGGAUAAUAAUAGCGGGAUGGGACCACAGACACGGCGGACAGGUGUAUGCGAUUCCCCUCGGCGGUUCGCUCCACAAGCAGGCGUACUCUAUCGGCGGCUCUGGAUCGACUUACAUCUACGGUUACUGCGACGCAAACUGGCGAGAAGGCAUGUCGGAGCAGGAGGGCAUUGCGUUUGUGAAAGGUGCGCUGCAGGAGGCGAUCAAGUGGGAUGGCAGCUCGGGCGGUGUGAUCAGAAUGGUGGUGCUGACGGCGAAGGGUGCUGCGAGGCAUCUGUACCUGCCCGAUCGCAACUACGAAGGGCCUGGGACGGACAAGCCAUAG